UUUCUCUUCAUAAACCGCAUCAAGUGGUGAAAGACCUUCCUUAUGACUAAUGUAAAGGCCUCUCCCCUCAGAAAGGGGCAGCGGCUGAUGAAUAAUAAACACCCUGAACACGCCCAUUUAAUGUUUAUUGAUCAGCUCUCCAGCGGGCCUAUCUGACAACAGUCAGAUUCAGUCUGGAUAUGGCGUCGCUGCACCGACACAGGAUGAAUUUUCAGCUCUCCGUGGGAAUCUGCCAGUCGCGUACCGGGACGACACUGUCUGCUUUUUGUCGCUGCUUUUAGGGAUCGUACAUGGCGAUGGAGGACGAGGACAACAGCACAGCGGUCGUGGCGACUAACACCCAAACGGGCAUCAAGAAAGGAGGUGAUGUCGGAGAUAACGGGGCUUGCAUAGACAGGCAGCCGGACACGGUGGUCCACCAAGCGGGGCUGAAUCAGACUGCAGGUCGCGGCAGCCGCAGUGGUCCCGGAGCUCACGCUGUAACGGGGAUCCGAGUGCUAAAGCAGCGCAACAUGAAGCGGAAUGGGAGCCGUAGCUGUGUGACACGAAAGACCAGAUUUGCAUCACGAGAGCGGGACUGGCUAAAGGGGGACACCCAGCGGGGCUGUGUGUGUCUGUAUGGGGGGACAGUGGACCCCCAGCCACCUGCCUCUGGCCCACAGGCCUCCUCCACCCCUCAGACAGACCUGCAGUUGGUGCUCUGCUCCACUAGUACCACAGUGGAGGAGCUGUGCGCUCAGAGGGAUGGACAAGGACUCUAUGUUCAGCUUCAUGGAGACCUAGUCAGGAGGCUGGACCCAACUGAGCGUCCGCUCCAGAUGGUGUAUGACUACCUGGCAGCUAUGGGUUAUGCAGACCCUGUACGAGUGCAGCAAGAAGCGGCCAACUCAGACCUCAGCUGCCUGAUCCGUUUCUACAGUGAGCGUCCAGUGAAUGCAGACCAGCAGGAGCGGACCCUGCUGAAAGGCGUAUUCAGCGUCAGGAAGGGCAAGUCGCAGCUGCACAAGUGGGCAGAGCGGCAGGUCAUCCUCUGCGGCACCUGUCUAAUCGUGGCCUCUGUCAAAGACAGCCUGACUGGGAAGAUGCACAUCCUACCCCUGGUGGGAGGAAAGGUGGAGGAGGUGAAGCGGAGGCAACACUGUCUGAUGUUCAGCUCAGCUGGAUCACAGGCCCAGACAUACUUUGUCAACUUUGACACACUUGCAGACUACCAGCGAUGGCAUCGGCAGGCAUCAAAAGUGGUGUCUCAGACAGUCAGCUUGGUGGACCUGUCCUGCUACAGUUUGGAAGUGGUGCCUGAAUACCUAUUUUACAGUCAGGAUAUCACCCACCUCAACCUGCGACACAACUUCAUGAGCCUUCAGGGGCCUGAAGGCCUGCUCAACCUCCCCAGGUUUUCUCAGCUGAAGAGCCUGAACUUGUCUCACAACCGUCUGGGUGUGUUCCCUGAAUGUGUGUGUGAGAUCCUCACCCUGACUGAACUCAGCCUCUCCUGUAAUAGUCUCCAGACUGUCCCUGUACAGAUAGGCAACCUUCAAAGCCUGCAGACACUGUCUUUGGAUGGAAACCACCUCAGCUCCCUGCCUGAAGAGCUGGGUGGCCUGUCCCAGCUCAACAGCCUAGGGCUCUCCUUCAACAACUUCUGUCACAUCCCUGCUGUGCUGGAGAGAUUGAGUGCAGUGGACAAGCUGGCCAUGGCUGGGAACAGAGUGGAGAGUCUGGAGUUGUGUGCUCUGGCUAGAAUGAGCCACCUGAAAAACAUCGACCUCCGAUUGAAUGGGCUGCGCUGUGUGAAAAGUGAGAGUCUAGAGGCAGUGAACCAGGUGACCCAGAUGGACUUACGGGACAAUUGCUUGGACUCACUAGACCUGAGCUCCGUCUGCAACCUGGAGACUUUGCACUGCCAACGCAACCAGCUGGGGACACUCACACUCAGCGGUUUCACACUGCGCACGCUUCAUGCCAGCAGCAACCGCCUUACAACAGUCAACAUCUAUCCAGUCCCUAACCAGCUGACACACAUGGACCUAUCACAGAACCUUUUGGAGUACCUUCCGGACUGGGUGUGUGACUGCAGAAAAAUUGAGAUGCUGGACGUCACGCACAACCUCCUGUCUGAGCUUCCUUCCAGACUGCUCAACAGCUUGAGUUUGAGAAAGCUGCUGGCGGGGAACAACCGUUUGCAGAGAGUGCCUGACCUACUUGACCACAUCCCUCUGGAAGCCCUAGACCUCCAGCACAACAAGCUAGCCGAGCUCCCUGAGAGUCUGUUUUACAAGGCCUUAAACCUAAAAUACUUAAAUGUGUCAGCCAAUGCCCUGGAAAGUAUUCCCCCCAGCAGCCAAUCAGAGGAGAGCCUCAGCACACUCCAGGAGCUCUACUUGACGGGGAACAACCUGAAUGAGAACUGUGGUGCUCUGUUGGUUGGACACCAGAACCUGCGGGUCCUUCACAUCGCCUACAAUCAAUUGCUCUCCUUCCCUGCCAGUAAGCUGAGUAAGCUGGAACAGCUGGAGGAGCUGAAUCUAAGUGGCAACAAGCUAAAGACUAUCCCCUCCACUGUGUCCAGCUGUAAGAGACUGCACACCCUCAUAGCACACUCCAACCACAUUACUGUCUUCCCAGAGAUUCUCAACCUGCCUGAGAUCAAGCUUGUAGAUCUGAGCUGUAAUGAGCUGACUGAAAUCCAGCUGCCCGACUCGCUGCCUGCCACUCUGCAAGAGCUUGACCUGACAGGCAACAGCAGCUUGAUGCUGGAACACAAAACCCUCAACCUCUUUAGUCACAUUACAACCCUGAAAUUAGACCAGAAAUCCACCACGACAGCAGGAGACUCCCUGAGUGCCUCCACUCCAUGGAACCAUGGUUACUCUGAAAUGAGCGGCCAAAGGAACAAGUUGUGUGUGUCUGUGCUGGCUGUAGACCGCUUUGGAGACGGUAUGGAAGCAUGUUAUGGUAUCUUUGACGGAGACCGCAACGAGGAAGUGCCUCGGCUGCUGCAGUGCACCAUGGGGGAUGUACUGUGCGAGGAGCUGCAGCACUCCAGUGUUGACAAUGUGUAUAUGUGCAACACUUUCCUCACCUCACACAGGAAACUAGGUAUGGCUGGCCAAAAACUGGGUGCUUCUGCCUUGCUGUGCUAUAUUCACCAUGAGCCUUCAGAUCCAGGAGGCUACUUCAACCUCACUGUGGCCAAUGUGGGCACCUGCCAGGCAGUGUUGUGCCGGGACGGCCGACCUGUACCUUUAUCUAAGGUCUACAGCUUGGAGAACUGUACUGAGGAGAUGGAGAGAGUAAAACUCAGUAAAGCCAUUAUUACCGAGGAUAACAAAGUGAGUGGAGUGACAUGCUGCUCUCGCCUACUGGGCUGCUCUUAUCUGUCCCCCUGGGUGCUUCCAAAGCCGUGGGUGCACACUGAGCCUCUCUGUUCCCAGGAUGAGUUCUUGAUCCUGGGGAAUCGAGCGCUGUUUGAACGGGUCUCCUACCAGGAGGCUGUGUUCACUGUGCAGGCCGUGCAGGAUCCUCGCGCUGCUGCCAAGAAGCUGUGUUCACUCGCACAGAGUUACGGUUGCAAGGACAACAUCGAGGCUGUGGUGGUGUCUCUGCAUAUUAGUGAGGACAGCUGUACCUGUGAGCCACAGGUCACCACCACUGAACCACGGGGUCCCCCUCCCGCCCCUGUUCACGUGUCUGUGACCCCAGGCCCUACUGACCCAGCCACCCUUUCAUCCAGCAGUGGUAUUGUCUCUGAGUUCAACAGUGAGACAUCAGCCUCAGAGGUUGGCAGUGAGGCGGGGUCCACCGCUUCUGACGAGCACCCAUCUUCUGGCCCUGCAUCCCGCCCAGAGAGACGCUGUAGCCUACACCCUGCUACCACACUGUGUGGGAUCAUGGUGCCCUCAGCUGUGGCAGGAGCCCACCCAGGCCUGUUCCAGCGGCAGCCCUCCAGUGCUACAUUCUCAAGUAACCAGUCUGACAACGGCUUGGACAGUGAUGACGAAGCUCCGCUUGAGGGCGUUAUCUCCAACGGCAGCAAGUUAGAAGUGGAGGUAGACAUUCACUGCUGUGCUUUCCAACUCCGAUCAGGGGCCCCUGAGAGCCACAAAGACUUAGACCUUGAAAAGCGAGGCUCUGACUAUCCCAAUGGCAAAAUGCGCAGACAGAACAGUGUGGUGGUUUCUGCUACAAACGGCUGCCUGCUUGCUGUAUGUGGGAGAGAGAUUACCGACCUCAAGAAGUCUCCCUCCACAUGCAGCCUGUUUGGGAAGAAGCUGUCCAAUGGCUCUGUGGUUGCCCCUGAGGACAGUCAUAAUCUCAUUGAGGUGGCCUUGGAGGCUCCUAAGAAGAAGUCUGGCUACUUCACUGCCCCAGCACAGCAGGACCCCGAGGACCAGCUCAUUGUGCCUCCUAGUCUGGAGCAGGAAGUCAGGGAGCAGCUAAGAGGCCAGAACACUCUAGUCUCAGGCCCCUCUUUGACAUCCAUACCCCCUUCCUUAAAAGAACCCGUGUGGGAUCAUCCACAUCCCCCUGCAUUUGCCUCCAACCUGGUCCCAGGUCCAGGCCCAAUUCCCAUCCUACAGCAGGAAGUCUACGAUACCGCCCUCUAGAGGGGAGAGGGGGGGGGGGACACAGCACAGCGCCAUGUGGCUGCAAUUCUGUGAUUGUGCCAUUCCAGAGAAGAAGAGGAGAUUUUUCUCAUACAUGUGGAAUAUUCCGACUCAAGUUGCCAUUCAGAUCUUUUGUGAGGACAAGACAAACCUGUGGGACAUUGAUAGUCACUAAGUGAUGCUGCGCCAUAAAUGUGAGCUAAAAAGGGGUUUGUGCGCAUGGCCUGGGUAUCCAAGAAAAUAUGGGCGAGCCAAGAUCCCAGUUCAUAACAUAACGUUGUGAAAAUUAUGGUUGGCUAUGAUAGACCAACACAAGCCUGACUUGAAAUUGGAUACCUCAUGUGUUUAAACAUGUCAGCAACAUUUCCCUUUACUUGGAAAGCAAGCAAUGUAAAAAGUGUGUAUGGGAUUGUGUUCAGUGAGGUCAAAUCUCCUCUCCAGGGGCUCUGUGGUCUCUCAGGUCCUGGAGAGAAGCCCUCUGACUGAAACUUGAAAAAGUGCCUACUGCAGACAACUCAGCCUAGAGCUCCCCCAUAUCCAGGCUAUGUCUAGGGAUGUGAGCUUGUUAGUUAAAUUUGGAGGAGGGACAGUGUCUCCAUGAGACCAGCACUGGCACAGCUUCUGCUCUCCUACUCUUCCUGUGGCUUACAAAGGAAAUCAGACAGUAUAAAUGCUUGUAAGGCACAUAAGACUAGAAGAUGUGGAGACAGUAUAACUGCAUUUACAUCUCCAGAAACAUGUUUGGGUUUUAUUUUUAACAUUCUCACUCAGUAUGUAUAGAAUCCUCUAUAUAGGAUAAAUUAAUUCUAUACAGUAUAGUACACACUCACAACUAGCAGCCAACUGUCGUGCUGUGCUUCAGCUUAAGAUUGAAAAGCGUUGUCAUUUAGAGCAAUGCAUUUUGAAUAGCUGUCAUUCAACUGUACCAAGCGGAUGUGUGGUAGAACUGAACACAGUAUAAUCUGCGACAGUGUAUGAUUAAAUGAUCUCCUCAAAAACAACUUAGGAAAAUAAAAGUUUAAUUUAAAUGUAUUCAGUUUUAUGGUCACUGGAUGAUGGACUUGAGACCCCAGGAUGUUUGAAUCAUUUAAUAUAAUUUUAUCACAUUGUCAUUUAAACAAACCAAUCAAGGCACAAAAGUGUAUUAUUACAAGAGAUGAAGGAUAGAUGCAGUGUUGUAUGUACUGGCACUGGUACUAAGAUUGUACAUUUUGUCCAAACUUUGGAGGCUGCUACCCUUUUAAAUUUGUAAACACCCAUCCAUGUCCCUGCAGGCAGAUACACUUACUGAUAUUUUUACAUCUUAGCAAAUAUUUUUUCAUCUAAGCUCUCUAAUGCACUGCCCACACAUCCAGAAGAUUUUCGGAGUGUGUUAUUUUGGCCCAUUAUAAACAAAACCGAAACCCCCAUAUUUUCUUGUAUUCUUUAAGAUCUGGUCUGCGUACAGGAGUUUAUGGAAGAAAUACAUCUAUACGCAGAAAUCUGGGAGAUAGAAACAAAUUAUGUUUUGCUAUAAUUUAAUAUAGUUCUCUUUUACACUAGGGCAUAUUGCAUAUACUAUCUCCUGAUCAGUGUGCAAUGCUUCUGUAGAAUUCAGCUCACACAGUUAAUAUAAAAUAUAUUAUCAGUGCAGCAGCAGUAUAAGGUACUGCAUAAGAACCCAGGUUCAGAGUUAUACAGACAUACAGUGCUUCAGCAGUUGGUAUCAUCGGUUCUCAUUUUUUAAAAAUAUAUAUAUAUUUGUAGGAUUAAUCAUAUUUAUCUCAGCUGAAAGUAAGUUGUCAAAAACUACAUUAUUAUUUGAAUUAUCAGGUAAAUAUUAUGCAGCUUUGGAAACCUCAGUUUGUCCAUUCCUGAACCUAGUGCCAAAAGAGAAAGCAGCUCUGCUGGGGCUGCUGUGGUUAUAAGAGGGCCAAAGUUGGGUAAUUGCUUAUGUCAGUGAUUACUACAUUAGAUGUAUAUUUUUGGUUGCCACUCCCAAGUUGGUAGUGGUGCAGUUCUGGCAUUCCACAGCUGUUGCAUAGCUGGACCUUUCAGUGUUCCCUAUUAGCCUUAAAAAUAACACUACUCAGUAUUUUUGGAAAGAGAAGCCCAUUGUUUCAUCCCACUUAUGUUCUGUUUGUGACUGAGGUCUUCAGCUCUGGGGUUGGUUAAAGCAGCCCCAUUCAUCCUUUCUUUGCUCCACAGGAAUGAGUGAUAUGUCAGUGAUGAAGCCUUAAUUGAUGUGUGAGUCUGAACCUUUUCUCGUUAUUUCCAAAUUUUUGUCUCUUGAAAGAAAUUAACACUGUUAAAAGCACUUUGUACAUAGGAAAUAGUGAUAUUCAGAGUUAUGUAUAUUUGAGUUUAAUAUAUGAGAUAUUGAUCAACAUAGUGUGCUGGGAUUAUUGUGGCUUCCCUCAGCCCAACAUAUCACCUCUUGUCUAAGAAUACAUAGCCAACAGAAAUGAUAAUAAUGUAAAGUGACAUAAUGAUAAUUCACAACAGUCACUUUUUGACGUUUUUUAAUAUGACGAACAUUUCUUAUUUUAUUAAAGAUUUUUUGUUCGCUUUGAAUUACAUCUGGAUUUUACAGAAUUUCUUGACUGACCAACAUCAGAACCACAAACAGCAUAAUAUAUGUUCUCAAUUACUCUUACAUUAUCUCAUACUUUAUAUAAAUAUAAAUGAUUGGGCCCCCUUCUGGCAGAAAUUGAGGAAAUACAGUUGUUGUGCAUAUUUUGCAUUAUUCAUAUCUGGUAUUGAUAUUUGGUUGAAACAUGGCGCUAAGUGACUAAACAUAUGGCAAAACUGAAAAUGUUUUUGAACUCUCUCCAUAAUAAUGACAUGUAAUGAAAACAAUUAUAUAAGAGAAUAAUUACUAUGAUCCACAUGAUUAUGUUUAUUCAGAAUUCAGACACCGAUUUCAAGUUUUGGAUUUUUCUUUUCUUUUAAAUUAAGAAUAGGAAACCAUAUUUUAUGGCGAGGCAAAGCGUCUGUGUCCAGUCACUUUAUUGAUCAGACUGUGCAGUGUCUGAGAUGCCAAACACCCAGGACUCUCUGUGGUUCUGACUGUGGCCAGACCCCCACUAUCAGAACCCACACAAGGCGUCUGGACUGAUGGCAGUGAAACAGGGAUGGGCACUGCAGGUGUACCCACCACAGGAGGAGCUAGAGGAGCUAUAAGACAGAUUAUGAUUGUUGUUAAAUAAUACUGGAACACACCUGAAACAAGAGAGUAGAAACUGAACUUUCCUUAGGGUUUAAUACAAAACGGUGGUGUUCGCAACAGAUGUUGGGAAUUCGCUCAUACAAAUAUGCAAAGUGUAAACUGUAUAUAUAUAUACAUGUUUAUCAGAGCUUCAUUUUCACCUAAAACUACAAGAAUCCUAUUUCUCAAUAUGUCUGAAAAUGAAUAUUGACUGAAGUAUGUAUGUAUAAUGUAUGUAACUGGGAUUGUGUGUGUAAGUUGCAUUGCUCUUUUUAUUAGUUUCUGAGUGUGUCCCUUCCCUUUGGCUCAUUUGCAGUGUAGUUUUAUUAGAUUGGUCCCAGUUCAGGCUGGGACUGCAUUGCACUGCUACAUUUAGUGCUCUUCAAAACCACCUUGGAUAGUCUUUGCAUACGGUUGUACACUCAUUGUACAUUCAUUCAGUCUGUCUCUUGGAUGGCGCCAUACAGUAUAUUCACCCACUGUCUCCUGUCCAAUAUACAUUUCCAACAUGAAGUAUAUUUGAAUAAUGAUCCAUCAGUAGACUAAUCAGUGUGCAUGUACAUAUGCCGACUGUAUGCGCAGAUACAGGAAGAGGGAGCACAGGGUACAGUGCAUUGGCUUAAAAUAUUCCCUUUAAUUCUUUAGUGGAGGGGGUCCAGUAGUAUAAUGCUCAUAAUCCCCUUUGUGCACCAAAAUAGAGGCAUUGGAGUAGGCUACAUUGUCAGUGUUUUUUUUUAAAUUGCUGACUCAUUUAUUAGCUGUAAGGGAUCAUUUCCUCUCUGCACAGCUUAACAAGCUCCCUGUACAACUCUCUUGUGAAAUGUCUGUCUGUGUGUGUAUGUCAAAUGAAGCUUAAGUGCACACGUACAGUAAGUGUAUGCAUGCCUGUGUGAAUAACAGAUUGACUGUGUGUGAAUAUGGUGAAUGAAACCGAUAUGGAAGAUGCUCCAGUUGUUUAACAUGUGACCAAAGUAGCCAUUGUUUAAUCUCACGGUUCCUUUCUGUACAUUAUUUUCUAGAAAUGCUUGAAUAUUUUUUUCUCGAUGCCAAGAAGCCGAUGUUUAUUUUUGUACUUCAUUUUGUUUCAUGCAAAUUUAUAUUUCCCUCUCCACUAAUAGAAUUUGAAGUGAUUGGGAUUCUACAGAAAACUGUCACUCAUUAUUGUACUUUAUUUGAAGGUACUAAUUAUAACUGUAUUUAAUGUUGAAAGCAUGCCCUAAAUAUAAAUCGACAUAAAAGCAUAGAGUACAUACAAAAUGUGAUUUAUUUGUACAAAACGGAGCAUAUCUAAUAUUUUUAGGUUUUUAUUCUAGCAUGCAGAUUACUGCUAAAAUUUUGUCUGUUUAAUAAUUAAAAGAUGUAUUAUUUAGGAACAGGACUAACUGAGCACUUUUGCUGUGUAACAGACAAAAUUAUACUCCCUUGAACUUUAAGAGUGGAAGAUGGUCGUUACUUUAUUUGAAAUGCUGCUAUUAUUAGUUUUGAGCAGAAAAGCUGUUUUUAAAUUAACUUUAAGCCAAGUAGCAAUAAAACUUUUUACUGUGAAUUUUUUUGUCCAGUGUCCGUUUUGCUCACCACUUUUAUGAUGAUUUCAUGCCAAUAAAUAUCAUCAAAAUGA